UUUUUUUGAGGGGUGUGUGUGUCAACUCGUGCUUUUUUUCAAGAACAGAACAUGAACUGGGGACCACCUGUAAUUUAGUGUAUAAAGCUGAGAAGUGUUCACUUUUCAAUCUUCAUGAAGUUGUAGAUUAGACAAUGACCCAUGAUGGCUAUAAUCACCCAUCCACUCAGAACAUUCCAGAUAGUACAUACCAAAUGUUAUGUGCCUGAUAAAUGAUUACAUCUCAAAAUUUGACACAUUUGCUCCCUGAAACCUAACCUAGCACUUUGGGCUAAGCUGCCUUGGCCUGUACCACAGGUAUAGUUAGCUUUGCCCUACAACAUCCCCAUGACAUACCUAUCCCUCCUCUGGCUCUCUACCUCCUCAAAGAGGAACAGCGAUUUAGUCAAUGAUUUACAGUCACUAGUUCUUUUUUUGACCUUUUUGUUUGAAAGUUUGUGCCUAGUAUACUUUUACAGUGAUCUCUUAAUCGCCCCAAAGAUAUGCCGGAAAUGUGUUUGGCUCAGGAGCAGACUGAAGUCAAGGGGAAGACUGUGACUGUUAUUUCUCUGACUGUCAUUCUCCUGGGCUCGGUGGAAGGUAACGGGGUACAGAUGCAGAGAGAUGUUCAGUGCUGUAUGCAGUACUCCCAGGGGAAAGUGCGCACCAAAGACGUGCUGAGGUUUGAGGUACAGACGGAGGGGCCAGACUGCAGUAUAAAAGCCAUCAUACUGUACACCAAGAAGGCGGUGAAGUGUGCUGACCCCAGAGACCGAAAGGUCAAGAGGUUACUGAGGAAGUUGCUCCAGAGGCAGAGGACCAAAGCACAUAGGAUCAUGUGGCUCUACCCUCAUGGCAACCUGCCAGUCAUGUCGGAGGACAAGAAGGAUGGGUGGGAUGCCUUCCAUGUGGAAUGAGUGUGAGGUUGUUGUUACCACGAGAAUUAUUGUCAUAGGCCAAGUAAACUUCCGGCGGCUUGUCAUUCUAACUCAGCCAAGCUUUCUGACUCUCCAGUCGUCUCGUGUCAAUAUCUCCCUGGGAGUGUGGUGGCGGAGCUGUCAUUGCCAUACAGUCCAUGAGAGGUUUUGAUAUAUAGCUAAAUGUAUUUUACACUGACUGUCGCUAACUAUGCCAAAGUAUUAUGCUAAGUAUUUCUGAUUACUCUAGCCCAAGAAACCAGUCUUCACCGUCUGUGUAUACCUGUUCAAUGUAUACCUGUUCAAUGUAUACCUGUUCAAUUUAUACCUGUUCAAUGUAUACCUGUUCAAUUUCCUAGAGAGCUUGUUCUCGCCUGAAACACAAUGUAAUGUAGAAAAAUGCACUGUCUGUUUAAACACGACAUCUGAAGUGGAUCUUUUCUAAAUAAAUGGACCUG